AUGGAAGCACAACCCUUAAAAGACUGGAACAGUGGUCUCUUUGACUGCUUUGAAAACGCAAAUACUUUUUGCUAUGGUUUCUGGUGUUGCCCUUGCCUUGCCUGCACAGUUUCAGGAAAAUUUGGAGAGAACCGUUGUCUCCCAUUAUGUGACAUGGCCGGCCCCGCGAUAACGGCCAUCUUUGGGAUACCUGUGUGUAUGGCGCCUCCUGCAGGUCUGUCCUUAAGGGCUGCCAUGCGAAACAGAUAUGCUAUCGAGGGUUCUCUCUGUAGGGACAUCGUAGUUUCCUGUUUCUGUGGGUGGUGCAACUGGUGUCAGAUGGAUCGUGAGUUAAAAAAUCGUGAAAACGCUCCCACUGUUGUCAAUGUUCACAAUCAAAAUGUUAUAAACGUGAAUGUGCAGCAGCCGACUCCAAUGAUGAUGGCUCCUAUACACCCUGGUCCAAUGAUGAUGGCUCCUAUAGACCCUGCUCCAAUGAUGAUGGCUCCUAUAAACCCUGCUCCUAUGAUGUUGGCUCCUGCAGUGGGUCCUGAACAGCCUGCCCAAAUGAUGAUGCCUCCUGCAUACCAAUUAGUGGAAACCAAAGAUUGA